GCCUGGUUUGUUUAUUUCGUACCGUACUCCCCACUCGAGCUCUGCGGCUCGGCCCGGAAGCCAUUGAAGCACAGAAACAACAGCGACGACGACAGCAAGAAUACCAGUGGAACCACAUUGGAUCGAAAACAGACGAAUCAUGUCCUCCAAGACCUCCCUCCUAACGCGGCGGCUCUACCGGAACCUCCUUCGGACUUCCAGUCCGUUCACGACGCCCUCGCCGAAUGCCUCCGUCCUGGUUUCCCUCUUGCACCGCACGGGCAUCGACGACCACAUUCGGGACUGGGACGCCUUUGUGGCACAGGAUUUGGAGGGCUCCGGCGGCCCGAGCGGAGACACGGGCAGGGGCGACAACGCCGAAGAAAAGAUGGUCAGCAUCGACCGGGCCAGAGAUCUGUCCCGGAGCUACGCCCCUGACCCAAACAACGGCCAGGAUUCUUCUCCUGCGAAGUCACGCAAAAAGCCGCCGAGCAAUCGAACCUAUCAGCGGCUCUUCCGGCGGUUGCUCCGGGAGGUGGUCACGGGAAACGAUGGCUACGGGAAAAUGGUCUUCCCCUCUCAGGCAGACACCACCCGACUGCGGAAGGUCAUCCAGAGGGAGUUUCGUGCGAACAUUAACAACUGCAAUACCAGCAACAAUAGCAACGGCAAAGACGACGAAGACACAGAAAYGGACGCAACAACGCCAACAACCGCCACAGAAACCAACCAAAACAAACGCUACCAACACAGUACUACUCCCGCUGCCUCCAUUCACUUUGACGACGAAACGCGGCGGCAGGUUGCCUUUGGCGCGCUCCGAGAACUCAACAAAAAACUCUCGUACUACGACUGGCUCGAGCAACACAGCCCCAAGCCCCAGCUUCCGCAACAGGCGGCACGGCAUGUUUCGGCCCUCUCCACCCACCCACCGGCAUCGUAUCUGCGGCCCGGUGUCUUUUUGGUCUCCCAUCCCUACAUGCAGGAUUCGUAUUUUUCCAAGACGGUGAUUUGCAUCCUGGAGCACAACAGGCUCGGAAACGGCGGAACACGAGCCGAAAACAGCGACGAAGCAACAGAUACCGACACAGCAGCGGGAGACCGCCCCACUAAGAAGAGCACCCCGCGGCGAUCAGCGACGCCCCCCGGGCAGACCUACGGUGUCAUUGUCAACCGCCUCAGCACACACAACGACACCGGAACGAACCGAACCCUCCGGGAGGUCUUUCGAGAGCACAUGCUCCCCGGGCCCAUGGCGGACGUCUUUGGGGAUUCCGUGGUCCGGGAGGGGGGACCGGUCCAUGUGGCCCUCCAGAUGGUGCACUCGCUGUCGGGGCAGCGCCGGGACGAGCUGGCCCCGGUCAUCGGUGGAACCGUCGUGCCCUCUGUGGACGACGGAGACGACGACGACGAGGGCCGGACCGCCUGCUCGGACAGGUCGACCUACUUUCAGGGAAACAUGUUCAAGGUGAUGUCGCAGGUGGAGGAGGGAAAAAUGAACGGCGGUGCGUAUUUCAAAACAUGUUUCGUAUUCUUCGCAUUAGGUCGUAUCGUAAUGUUUUGUGUAGUUUGCGUCUGUGUCUUUCAUUCUGUAGACGUGUGCAUGAUGGAACCUACUUACAUAAACUGGCUCCUUUUUGGUUUGUUUUCCAAACUAAACAAAUACCUAGAGGACAUCUCAUUCUUUGUCGGUGCCUCGAUAUGGUCUCCCGGUCAGCUCGCGGCGGAAAUUGCCCAAGGAUAUUGGAUCCCCUGUCGGGGACCCCCCGAGAUGGCCCUCGACGGAAUCUGCGAGCACGAGCAGCAGGCCACUGACUCGUCKUCUGGGAACAAAACCAGGCCGCUGGCCGAUUUGUGGUUGUCGAUGAUGAGUGCUUGCGGUGAAGACGAAGCGAGGCUAUCACACCUGUUUCAUCCCGAUCACUGGGACGAGAACGGCAWGGCAUGCGACGCCUUCGAUGACGAGGACGACGACAUUGUGGUCUUUUGAGAUSGUUGGAUUGGAUUGCUAGUUUUGSUUUUAUUUUUGC